GUGAGCCGGCACUUCCGCGAGCACGUGGGCCUCUCCAUCGUGGUUGGCACGGCGGUGCCGUGCCCGCAGGGCUACCAUCGGGAGCCGAGCGGCAGGGAGUGGCCCGCGGGCCCCAGCAUAGGGGAGCGCACGUUGAGCGGCAUGGUGCAGGACGUGGAGCUAGGGGGGCAGAGGCGGGCGGCCGCGGGGAGCGGCGCGGCCGGCCUGGCGGCAAGAGGACCGCAGAGUGGGGCUUCGGCGGGCUGUACGCGUUCCUGAACAGCACGGACAACAGUCCCGGGGCCAAGGGGCCCGUGGAGGCAGAGGUGAUGGUUCUUGAGGGCUGCCUCGAGGACCGGCUGUCGCUCACCUUCACAGUCAUACUCCUCCGCUCCGGCUCGAUGGGCCGGCUCGUGGUGCGGUCGCGCAGCCCGGCGACGGCGCCGCACCUGGACUACCGGCCCCUGAGCCACGCCGGGGACCUCGAGGCCAUCGCCGGGGUCGUCAGGCUGCUGUACACGAAGUUCGAGCUCAGCGCCAGCCCCGAGUGGGACACCGUCGCGGACUUCUGGCAGCUCGCCAAGUGGAUCCGGAGUAACCUGUACUAUCCAGUUGCGCUGCCGCGCGAGUUCGUCACCGCGCCCAGCGCGGUGGCGGACUACUCGCACCCCUACGGCACCUGCCGCAUCGGCCGCGAGGGCGCCCCCGGCGUGGUGGACUCGCGCCUCCGCGUCGCGGGCGUGCGCGGGCUGCGCGUGGCGCUUGCCGCGCGGUUCGCGCUGGAGGACUGGGCGGCAGAGUCCGGCGGCGGCGCGGCCGCCGCGGGGCGGGCCCGCGAGGGAGGCCCGUCGCUGCCGCUGCGGGGCUACGCGGGCGUGGCCCUGCCCCUGCGCGGCCUGGGCACGAACGGCUUCGAGGGCCAGCGAGCGGUGGAAGCAGUGCUGCGAUUCCUGCGGGCGGGGGGGCGGCACAUCGACACCGGCCUGCUCUACAACAACCACGCGAGCAUCCGGGCGGCGCUCGCCCGCAGCGGGGUCGGGAGGGAGAACAUCUUCAUAACCAGCAAGAUCCCACCCACGGAGAUGGGGCUGGAGGAGGCGGGCGCCGCGGUGGACCGGAUGGUGGAGGAGCUCGGCACCUACGUGGACCUCGUGUUGAUCCAUUGGCCGGCGAACUUCGACGACCAAGCCGUGGUCCCAGCGUGCGCACGCCCUCCCGGGUCUUGGGCUGCCUGUCGCCUCGCCACGUGGCUCGCCAUGGAGCGGGCCUUGCGGGCAGGCAAGGCGCGCGCGCUGGGCGUGUCCAACUUCGGCGUGAGGCACCUCGGCGAGCUCCUCGACGCCAGGAGCCGCACGAUGCACGUGGCCGUCAACCAGGUCGAGUUCCACCCGUGGUGGCCGCAGCAGGCGCUGCGCAAGCUGUGCGCGCAGCGGCAGGUCGCCCUGGUGGCGUACGGCUCCCUGGGCGGCUCGCUGAUCGGGGGCGCCAUGCUCCGCGCGCCGGCCGUCGCCAAGGUGGCCGCGGAGAGGCGGAAGAGCCCGGCGCAGGUGCUGCUCCGGUGGGCGGUGCAGCAGGGCGUGGCAGUGGUGCCGUCGGCCUCCUCCGAGGGGCACCUCGCGGAGAACCUGGACGUCGUCGGCUGGGAGCUGGGCGCGGCGGAGAUGGCCGCCGUCGGCGCGGUCGCGCCCGGCGACCGCAUGCGCGUCUUCCUCCCGGACCCGGAGAACGCACCGUGA